GAUAAUGAGAUAUAAGUGAGUUUGAGUGAGCUUUUUUUGCAUUUAGUAACGAUCGACUCCAUGAGGAUCUGAACUCCUGAUAGACAAAGGAAGGCUAACUGGAUUUUUUUCGUCUUCCCUUCGUAGGCAUUGUUCAGUUCACUAUCGUGAUGUUUUCAGAGAGGAGUCUUAAAGUGUUAACAGCCUUUCUAGUCUUGUGUCUCAUAACCCACCUUGUCAGUGCAACCUGCAACAGCAAAGGACAAUGCUGGAAAACAUCCGAGACCGGACACAGACCUGUAGACUUUCAUCUUUGCGGGAGCAUGAUCCCUUUUGCAGUGAGGGACAUUUGUAACAUAAUGAUGGCAGCGUAUGGCCACAGGCGACAAAAAGCACGCAAAUCUGCAGGAACAAUCGUCUAUAAAAACCCCAACAAUGCCAAAAAAUUCCGCAUUGCCAAAAGAAAAUUCAACAUCGUAGAAGAAUGCUGUACCGAAGGCUGUGUAGUCGAGGAAGUGCGGGAGUACUGUUAGACACAUGAUUCUCCACGUGAGAAUGCUCGUGACGUCAUCAGCAAGUAACCACAUGUUAAACCGUUCGUCUUUCUCGCAAGGCAAAUGAUGUUAAAUAAAACUAAAGAAGCCUAUAGGAAAAUAUUUUUAUGGAAAUAUGUAGAUAUACAUAUGUUUGUUAGAUGAAUAUACUGUAGUUGAACUGAGUGACAGGAUUGUCAUUAUUUUGUCUUGGGUAGGAAUAAACAAAGAAAGGAAAUAUU